UCUUUACUGCGAGGAUCGUACAUCAUACGUAUUUAAUACCGCAGUUCAAAAUAUAUGAACUUCAUUUAUACAUUGUAACACAUUAUGUAUAUGUUGUAAGGAAUUGAUGGCUAGUAUUCUUCGAACUAUUUGCUAACUAGUGCGUAAUUUAAGAAAAUCAAUGAAAACCUGCGAGUGGAGUGAUCUUUUUUGCUAACGCAACUCAAAAUUUCCAGCGUAGCUAGUGAAACCAUUUUUGUGAAGAAAUAUCUCGAAAUGUGAACAUGUAGAAAUAAAGUAAGUAAAGUGAGAUCUCGACAAGGGAUUAUGUCUUGGAUAUCGCUACGUAAGGUUUUAGCCAAUGGUCGUGAGUUACUCAGGGAAAGGACAUUUUUUUUAUUUCUAGACCUCUUCACGUUUCUAAGGGUUUUUUUUUUUUACGUAAUCGUGAUUAUUGGAGGACCACGUUCCUGCAGUGUAGUUGUCAUUCUGGGGAUUAUCUGGAUCUGCAUAUGCUAUUGGAAUCGGAAGUGAAUUUUUGUAUUGCUUAGUUUCAAACGCUUAAUUUGAACUCAUUUUCGAGGAGAGUUUCCAAAAUCCGAGAAGCCUCUGUGGCUUCCGCUAAAAUUUGAAUAUUGCGUGACCAAAGCAGUUUCCAGACUUCCUUUCCCUUGGAUCAAUCCAAACAUGGCGACUGCGUUAACAAUUACAACGAUUCGUGAUCUUGGUAACUUCGAGAAGCUACCAAAGGAAGAAAAAACCUUUUUGACAAAAGGCCUGAAAAACAGGAGUUUGUUUCCAGCUCUGCCAGAGCCAGAUGAAGAUGACUGGUUGUCGUCGCAUUCUGAAAUGAAACAGUCGCAGGAUUCUUGGUGGCAGAGAUUUCAAUCCUUCAUUUCGCCCGUUAGAGAGAAGAAGAAAAAUAUAUAUCUUGUACCUCUGGGCGAAAAAUGGACAACCUCUGAAGUGGAACUGGAUAAAACUGGCACAAAAGAAAGCUUUUUAUCGCUUCUUCAACGAUUUGCAAGUGUAUUUUUCACUGGUUUUCAAGUUGUUGUCCUUCCGUCUGUUUCUAUAGCAAAACUGAAAUGUAAAACACGAAGGCAUCACGGACAUAAGCAGUUAUUGAUUCCAGAUAUCUACAAAUACCUCCAAAGUAAAUGGCCGUCUGAUGCUUUCUGCGUUGUGGGAAUCACGAUGAUGGAUUUGUACCCGAGGGAAAGCUGGAAUUAUGUGUUCGGACAGGCCUUACCUUCAGCAGGUGUUGGAGUGUUCAGUUUUGCAAGAUAUGAUCCCCUCUUCCACGAAGAAGAUCGCGCGAAAGUUGUAUCAUCCAACACGAGUACCCUUGUGCUUUGGAGGAGUUGUAAGGUUAUGGCUCAUGAGAUAUGCCAUUUGUUUGCCCUUCAACACUGUGUGUUCUUUUCAUGUGCUAUGAAUGGAAGCAACCAUCUUGAGGAGUCCAACAAUCGUCCAAUGUUUACAUGUCCAAUCUGUCUUCACAAGUUGAAAUCCCGGUUUGCGUUCAAUAUGAAAGAGAGGUAUCAAGCAAUGCUGGAGUUUUGUAGCUCUGUUGAAGAUGAAAACUUUCAAGGAGCAACCAUUUGGUUACAAAAAGCCAUUGAAAAACUUUCAUGAAGUUUUAAUGUGUAUUUAUAAGCAAGAUAAAACAUAUAGUUAUAUAAGCAAACUUGCCUACAAGUUACCAGAUUGAAAAACCUGAAAAACCAAAAUUGGAACCUCAUGCCAUAAUUAGUCAGACCUGGGGGGUGUGGGGGGGGGGAAUUCUUAGAAAAAGUCUAACAAAGGGAUGUGCUGCAGAACAGGGACUAAUUUUCAUGACUUAAUUAAUUGGAAUAGAUUAAUUAGCAUAUUUUUAGGAUUUAGGGGGAAAGAGAAUUCUAAUAGGCAGGUACUUAAAAAUUGGAAGAUUCAUGGUUGAAAAAUUGACUUUAAAAAUGGGAUCUAAAGGGAUUGGUAAAGGUUAUAACAUGAUUUCAAGUGCAAUUAGGUGUAAAUAAGAAAGAGUAAAGUUUUCAAAGACAACAAAUUUUAUGGGUGCAAUUUGUAGUUUUGAAAGAUUUAUAGGUACUUAUGGGAGUGUAUUAUAGCAGUUCUACAUCUUUUUAAUCAGAAUUCUUGACUGUCACAUGUUUUUGUCAGUUAAAAGGCUUGGUGGUAUUUUCUGGUAGUAUCUGGAUUGGAAAUCAUGUAAAAUAGAUAAUAAUCAUUAUUGUUAUUAUAAUUGUAAGAAAUAGACAACUUUUUUAUCAUACUUGCUACUACUAC